AUGCCUUCCUGGCGUCGUGCGCCGAGUCCGGCGACGCCGCGUACGGCGCGGCCAAGGCCGUUCUCGAGCGCCUCCAGGCCCUCGCCUCCCGCGCCGAGGCCCGGCGCCUCCUCGGUUCCGUCCGCCGCCGGCCAGGACUGCUUCCGGACCUUCCACUUCCGCAUCCACCACGUCAUCCUCGACCCCCACCUCCAAGGAUCCCGGCAAACAAAGGAACUAACGAUGAUGGAGAUACCUAGCAUUUUCAGUCCUGAGGAUUGGUCCUUCACUUUCUAUGAGGGCCUCAGUCGGCAUCCAGAUUCCAUUUUCAGGGAUAAGACAGUAGCAGAGCUGGGAUGUGGGAAUGGUUGGAUAUCCAUUGCGCUUGCAGGAAAGUGGCUACCUUUGAAGGUCUACGGUCUGGAUAUAAAUCCAAGAGCUAUCAAGAUUGCAUGGAUAAACCUUUACUUGAAUGCGUUUGAUGACGAUGGUCACCCAAUCUAUGAUGGGGAGGGGAAAACGUUGCUUGUUAGAGUUGAGUUCUACGAAUCCGAUCUUCUGUCUUACUGUAGAGACAACAAGCUAGAACUAGAUCGAAUUAUUGGAUGCGUACCACAGAUUCUUAACCCCAAUCCAGAGGCAAUGUCAAGGAUUAUAACUGAAAAUUCAAGUGAGGAGUUCUUGUACUCUUUGAGCAACUACUGUGCUCUUCAGGGUUUUGUUGAGGACGAGUUUGGCCUUGGAUUGAUUGCUCGUGCAGUUGAAGAAGGGAUAGCUGUCAUAAAGCCUAUGGGUAUUAUGGUAUUCAACAUUGGUGGUCGACCAGGACAAGGUGUCUGUGAGUGCGUAUUUCUAUGCCGUGGAUUUCACAUCAAGAAGCUCUGGCAAACAAAAAUUAUGCAGGCUGCUGACACUGAUAUUUCAGCUUUAGUUGAAAUUGAGGAGAAUAGCCCACAUCGAUCUGAGUUCUUCAUGGAUCUAGUUGGGGAUCAGCCUGUCUGUGCACGUACAGCCUGGGCAUACAUGAAAUCUGGUGGCCACAUUUCACAUUCUUUAUCUGUGUACAGCUGUCAACUUCGCAAUCCCAACCAGGUGAAGAAAAUAUUUGAGUUUCUUAAAGAUGGAUUUCAUGAAGUCAGCAGCUCCCUUGAUUUGUUGUUCGAUGACGAUUCUGUUGCUGAUGAAAAAAUUCCCUUCCUAGCAUACCUAGCUAGUUUUUUGAAAGAUAAUAAAACCAAUCCUUGUGAGCCUCCAGCUGGAUGUCUAAACUUCCGGAAUCUUGUUGCUGGAUUUAUGAAGUGCUACCACCACAUCUCACUGACAUCUGAUAAUGUUGUUGUAUUCCCUUCCCGUGCUGUGGCAUUAGAAAAUGCUCUUCAGUUGUUCUCACCGGCCCUUGCAAUUGUUGAUGAACAUCUGACCAGACAUUUGCCGAAGCAGUGGUUAAGAUCUUUAGCGAUUGAGGAAAGAGCAGACGGUAAAGACACUAUCGGUGUAAUUGAGGCACCACGCCAAUCAGAUUUGCUGAUCGAGUUGAUCAGGAAAUUGAAGCCUCAGGUUGUUGUUGCUGGUAUGGCUCAAUUUGAGGCUAUCACCAGUGCUGCUGUUGUAAAUUUACUAAGCGCAACGAAAGAUGUUGGUUCUCGGUUACUCCUAGAUAUAUCAGAGCAUCUGGAGUUGUCUAGUCUGCCAAGAUCUAAUGGUGUAUUGAAAUAUCUUGCUGGAAACUCCCGACCUUCCCAUACAGCUAUACUGUGCAGUUUAGUAAAGAAUCAGGUAUAUCCUGAUCUGGAAGUUGCUUUUGUCAUUUCUGAAGAUGGAGCUGUCUGCAAGGCACUAUCACAAACUAUUGAACUAUUGGAAAGGCGUACCUCUGUAAUCAGCCAGCACUAUUAUGGCUCUCUUUUCCAUGAGCUGCUGGCUUUUCAAAUUGGUGAGAGGCAUCGGCAACGAAAGACACGACCUGCAGAAGUGAUACCUGAGAAGAUGAUAGGAUUUUCAAAUUCAGCUAUCUCUAUCCUAAAAGAAGCUGACUUUUUUGUUCCUGAUUCCAAGGAAUCUGGCGUCAUUCAUAUGGAUUUAGAUCGUAGCUUCUUGCCAGUACCUUCUGCAGUGAAAGCCUCCAUUUUUGAAAGUUUUGUUAGGCAGAACGUCACUGAUUCUGAAACUGAUGUCCGUUCCAGCAUCCAACAGCUAGUGAAAGAUAGCUAUGGUUUCCCAACAGACUAUCGUUCUGAAAUUAUAUAUGGCCACACCUCCCUUGCACUCUUCCGCAAACUUGUUCUUUGUUGCAUGCAAGGAGGUACUUCCCUAUUCCCCUUGGGCACCAAUGGUCACUAUGUCUCGGCAGCAAAGUUUAUGAACGCACGUACGCUCACUAUUCCAACAAACGUGGAAUCAGGCUUCAAAAUUGAACCAUUGGCUCUGGCUGAUGCAAUUUGCAGUGUGAACGCAUCUCGGUCAUGGGUUUAUAUAUCUGGUCCCACAACAAAUCCUUCUGGUUUCGUGUACAGUAACAAUGAGAUAGAAAGUUUGCUCUCUCUUUGUGCUAGUUCUGGAGCUAGAGUAGUGAUAGAUACCUCUUUCUCUGGUCUGGAGUUCCAAACUGAUGGUCGGAAUCUGUGGGAGUUGGAUUGGUUUCUUUGUGAUUUAGAUCCCAAACUCACCGUUUUCCUACUUGGAGAGCUGUCCCUUGAGCUAGCUACGGCUGGUCUUGACUUUGGAUUUCUAAUUUUGCAUAACCCAUACUUGAUUAAGUAUAGUUUCCCAAGCUUGAGCCGUCCACAUAGCACAUUAAAGUACACUUUCAGAAAAUUAUUGGGUCUUAAGAACCAGAUGGAUGAGCAUUUCUCUGAUCUAAUAGUGGAGCAAAAGGAGACACUGAAGAACCAGGCCAACCAGUUGAUGAAGACACUUGAGAGCUGUGGGUGGGAUGUUGCUGGCUGUUUAGGUGGUAUAUCAAUGGUGGCGAAACCGGCAGCCUACAUUGGGAAACCGUUCAAGGUGGACAGCUUCGAAGAGGAGCUCGACGGGUGCAACAUCAGGGAAUCCAUUGUUAGGUCCACUGGGCUUUGCAUAAGCAGCAGCUCAUGGACGGGGAUGCAAGACUACUGCCGGUUCAGCUUUGCUCUGGACAGUGGUGAAUUCCAGCGGGCAAUGGACUGCAUAACAAGGUUCAAGGAGUUUGUUUUGUGCGUCCUCAGGGCCGACCUCGACAUCAAUUUCGACCUCUUCGUCACAGGGAGGGACUACCUACAAGUUGAGGAGGUGUGCAUCAGGGUCGUGGGGUUGAGCAGCUACAAGGCGUAUGGCAAGCCGGUGAUGGCCAAGCAGACGGGUGUUACUAUAGUUUCUUGUAUUUAA